AUGAAAGGAGGCGUGCUAAGACGCUUUAAUCCUGCUUGGUUUGAUCAGUUUCCAAAUUGGUUAGAAUACAAUGUGAAGAAAGAUGCAACUUUUUGUCUAUAUUGUUACUUGUUCAGAGACAAUGCUGGUAAAGGUGGAAGAAAUGAUGCAUGGACCAUUGACGGUUUUUCUAGCUGGAAUAAAGCUAAAAAUAUAUCAGAGCAUGUAGGAGAUGUUAACAGUUUUCACAACAAUGCAGCAAUGAAGUGUGAAAACGUGAUGAAUCAAGGCCAGUCUAUCAAACAUGCUUUGCAUAAACAAGAUGAUAUCGCGAAAAAUGAGUAUCGCGUUCGAUUAAAUGCUUCUAUUGAUGCUUCAAGAUUCUUGUUGCGCCAAGGGUUACCUUUUCGUGGGCAUGAAGAGAAAGAAGAAACUGAUAAUAAUGGUAACUUUGUUGAACUCUUGAAAUACACUGCCGAGCAAAAUGAAGAUAUGAGUAAGGUUGUUUUAAGAAAUGCUCCUGGAAACAAUCAGAUGACUUCUCCAAAGAUUCAGAAAGAUAUUGUCCAUUGUUUUGCAGAAGAGCUAAUCAAAAGCAUUAUUGAUGAAAUUGAUCAUGAUGUAUUUGGAUUGUUGGUGGAUGAGUCUACUGAUGUUUCUUAUAAAGAAAAAAUGGCAGUUGUGUUUCGGUAUGUGGAAAAGAGUGGGAUAGUCAAAGAGAGAUUCAUAAGUCUUACUCAUGUAAGUGAUACAUCUUCAUCAUCUUUGAAAUCUGCAAUUGAUUCUUUGUUUACUAAGUAUGGAUUAUGCAUUACAAAGGUGAGAGGGCAAGGUUAUGAUGGUGCAAGUAACAUGAAGGGUGAGUUCAAUGGGCUAAGGUCAUUUUCUGAAUCGAAUUGGAGAUCAGUUUCUGAAUGA